CCUCUGCCCUUUGCUCUCCAGGAAGAGUCCCUUCUGCUGAAGAACCGGAGCUGCAGCUCCCGCCCACUCCCCAGGACCCGGGACCUGAGGCAGCUGCAGGUGUGGGAGCGCCCUGUGGCCUUGGAGGCUGAGCUGGCCCUGACACUGAAGGUCCUGGGGACCUUGAAGAACUCGACCCUGGGUGACAUCCUGGACCAGCCCCUUCGCACGCUGCGCCACAUCCACUCCAAGCUUCAGGCCUGUGUCCCAGCUCAGUCCACAGCAGGCCCCACCCGGGGCCACCUCUGCCAAUGGCAGCACUGCCUCCAGGAGGCCGGGAAGAAGGAGUCCCAUGGCUACCUCAAAGCCUCUGUCACUUUCAAUCUCUUCCACCACCUCACUCAUGACCUGAAAUAUGUCUCCGAUGGAGACCUGUGUGUCUGA